ACACACACACACACACACACACACACACACACACACACACACACGGACAUUCCCACACUACCGGUGAAACACCUGUGUGCCCUACUCAGGUGUUCAGCAGAUGCGCCAAUCAAGAACGUAGUUUUCUGGCGCCGUUACCAUCAGGUUAAAGAUCUUACGACAGUGCAGUAGAAAUAUUAACAAGCCAUUACAGAAACAGUGUCGAGCUAGAUACAGGUCUAUAUUUGACCUUCAUCCACAACAGCAAGGCACAGUUUAUGAAUAGAAUGUUUAUAAAGCCCACGAACCUCCCCGGCGAGUGCCCUGCGCCAGGACAAUGCAAGCCGAGCUUAAUAUCGGCAGCCGCGGUUAAGUUGGGAUUUUAGUUUUCCAUGACACUGGCUGCGGUGCGAAUACCAAGGAAUCCACUCUGAAGGCGCCUCAUCACGAAUCUCGAAGCUUGAGCAUCCUCGGAAGCCCCCCCCCCCCCCUCCCCCGGCCAUGAGCGUCGACGCCAAGCUGGCCCCCGCGGCCAUGGCCUCCUGCCUCCCCGACGACCGCCGCCACAGCUACACCGACUUCGAGAUCGAGAACAGCCAGCGCGUGGUCCGGCCGCAAGUCAUCUCUCAGAACGGCCUCGCCUCGCUUCCUCCGGACUCGGACAUCCCCAAGGGCGUGAGCCUGCGGCGCGCCAAGUCUCUGCGCGACAGCCGGAAGGAGGUCCGCCCGAAGCGGUACUCGGUCAACUUCGACCUUCCCGUCCGCGGCCGCAGCUACGACGCCGACAUCGACAUCUCGGCGCUGAGCGGGCCGCAGGCGCCGCCGAAGCCCCCGCGCGCUAACAUCCCGGAGGAGGACGAGGACGAGGACGAGGCGCGGGAGCCACGGGAGAGGCUCAGCAGCGCCUUCAACAGCGUCGCUCUCAGGAAGAGCCUCGCCGACGGCCUCGAGAAGGUGCGGCGGUUAAGCGGCAUUGAGAGCGACCCCUCGAGGGCGAGCGAAAGGAGGACCUCGAGGGAGAACGGCGCCUACGUCAAGUACCGCAACGAAGACGGCGACUGGCAGCAGCACAAGGUGCGCCGCGUGUCGCAGUUCGAGGCCUGCGACUUCACCUUCAAGGUGAUGCUGAUCGGUGACUCAUGCGUGGGGAAGACCUGCAUUCUCACCAGGUUCAAAGACGGAACGUUUCUGUCCGGGUCUUUCAUCUCCACCAUCGGCAUUGACUUCAGGAAUAAAGUGGUGACCGUGGACGGGUCAAAGGUCAAGCUGCAGAUCUGGGACACGGCAGGUCAGGAGAGGUUCAGGAGCGUGACCCACGCCUACUACAGGGACGCUCACGCUCUCCUUCUCCUGUACGACGUGAUGAGCAAGACCAGCUUCGACAACACGAGGGCGUGGCUUGGGGAGGUCCACGAAUACGCUCAGGACGACGUGGUCAUUAUGCUCAUUGGCAACAAGUGCGACGUGAACGGCGAGCGCGUGGUGCGGCGCGAGGACGGGGAGCGCCUGGCCCGCGAGUACAACGUGGCCUUCACGGAGACGUCGGCGAAGACCGGCCUCAACGUCGACCUCGCCUUCAUGGCCGUCGCUAGAGAGCUGAAGGCGCGGAAGUCGACCAACUCGAACGAGCGCAAGUUCAACGUCGCCGACUACGUUCGCCAGGAGGCCAAGAGCGACGGCUGCGUGUGUAACGUUGGCUAAGGACAAACAUACGAAGACGCAACGUUACCCAUCAAACGUUUAUUGAAUUCAGGGAUGAGGCUUUGUCCUUGACUUUGGCGGUCCAGCAGGGAGCGAGUCUGUUACGUGUCUGUCAGUGUUUGUGGAGGUGCAGAUAGACCCAAAGACAGGGAGGUCGGCUGGAAUGAGAUUUGUGUCUGUCUUUAAAGAAAACGGUGUCUGUUUCUGUGUCGAAGGGCGGGGGAAUGGUUUGUAUGGAAGCCUUGGCUUUUAGCGGUGGUUGUGUCUUGUAUUUAGAAGGUUCUGAUUAUCGGGACAGCCAGACCGUAAGGGUAUAUUUGGCUGAGA